AGAACAGCUCUUAUUUGUGUUUGAUUUACAUUUAAUUAUAAAAACAAUAAUAAUUUAGUCUUUAAAUUGGUUUUAAUUAAUCAAUUGAUAAUUAAUUGAUAAUCAAUUGAUAGCAUGUCUUUGACAGCCAAUGAUUUGACAUCACUGUUGAGUGUCUUAAGCGAAGAUGUGACAAAUCACUCGACAUUUGAAACAAUUGGUCAAACAUUUCAAUCACUUUUAUCCAAAUGUGAUGUCUUCAGCAUUGGUGUAGCCAUUAGUACACUAUUACAACAUCACGAUCUGAUCCCCGGCGAGACACAGAAGUUAAGUGCUUUAUAUCUAUUAUAUGAAGUCUACAACAAUGACAACAACGUUAUGAACAACCCGUUUGUGGCCAUCUUUGUCAAGGCUUUGGGACCGACAAAAGAUACCAACAAAACAAAUAACAAAUCCAAGUCUGACAUCUCUUCGGCCUUGUUUUGGCCAAAAUUGUCGGUCAGAGAGAAAUACUUUUUAUCACAACUCAUCACUAAUUCUUCGCUUCGAUCAGAACUCAUUAAACAGACACCAAAACAAGUGAUUAAUACCGAGAUAUCUGGAGAUAAAAUUUGUGACAUAACCUCUAUAUAUAAUGCUCUCAACGAACGUCAAUCAGAACUACCAUUUACUAGCAAAUCAGGUAUUCCGGUGAUUAUAGCUGAUCCCGACAACAAACCCGGUCUUAUCAUUGACAAUGAGGACGAAUCCAAGAAUAAACUAUUAGAAGGUUUGUUUUGUGGACCCAAUCCUAAGUGCGAACAAGUAUUCAAACCCGAUUUGAUAAGAAUUCCUCCACCACUUCAUGUCAGUCAAGACGAGUUGGUUUGGUUAUUCCCGACCGAACUCAAUGACCUAAAGCUCUGUUGGGAUUCAUCGAUGUGUAUAAGUAAUACAGUGGGAGUUGAAGCCAAACGCCUAAUGAGCAAAGCAUUCAAAGCAAGUUUGUCUAUCGCACAACAACAACAACUUUUGGCUGAAUUAGAAGCUGACCCGAAGCUAACUUAUCACUUGGGCUUAACACCAGCCAAACUACCGGAGCUCGUAGAGAACAAUCCUCUUAUUGCUAUUGAAGUAUUGUUGAUUUUGAUGCAAUCGAGUCAGAUAUCGGAAUAUCUAUCUGUUUUGGUCAAUAUGGAGAUGUCUGUCCACUCGAUGGAAGUGGUCAAUAGAUUGACAACUGCUGUAGAUCUGCCCACUGAGUUCAUGCACCUCUAUAUCUCAAAUUGCAUACAAACGUGUGAAACCAUUAAAGACAGAUAUAUGCAGAAUAGACUCGUCAGACUUGUCUGUGUUUUCCUUCAAUCACUUAUCAGAAACAAAAUAAUUAAUGUUCAGGAUGUUUUUAUUGAAGUUCAAGCCUUUUGUAUUGAAUUUUCGCGAAUCCGAGAGGCGGCCGCUUUAUUCAGACUACUUAAGCAAUUGGAUAGCGGCGGCGAUAUUAGCAAUGUUGGCAUAAAUUCCGAAUCUUCAUCACCAAACCAAACACAAACCGACGACAACAGUCAGAAAUGA